AUGGCUUAUGCUGCUGUUUGUUGUAUUGAGCAGACACUAAAGCGCCUUUUAAAUUCUUCACAUAUUUCGAUUGUUCAAACUUCAUCCCCACAAAUAAUUAGCCUUUUGUACGAGGAGAUUCUUUCCUUACGAGAAGCUCUCAGAGAAUUCAAUGAAUGCCGGGUCAUUGUUGACAUGAAGAUGGUGAAAACUUUGGAAGCUGGAAUCAUAGAUGUUGUAUACAAAUUCGAAGAUGUAAUCGACCUCCAUAUCUCAAAUCAGUUCCAUUCACUACAAUCUGACGAAGAGACCGAUCAUCCUCCAUUAAUGGUACACUCAUUAGAUGUGCAGGAAAUAAAGCAAGAUGUCGAUUCCUUUAUCGAAAUGGUGGACAAGAUGAAGAGAGCCUACACUCACGAAUUAUGCAACCCGACCCCGCACGAUGAAGAAGAUGGUUUUUUUAUCUCUACAAGAAUUGAUUUUGGUGGAAAUGAGUCUAACAUGGUUGGAUUAUCUGACCAAUUUACGAGAAUCAAAGGUCGGCUUCUAAAUUCCUCACAAUCUGAACGGAUGGUUGUGUGUCUCGCCGGGAUGGCGGGCAUUGGUAAGACUACUCUUGCCAAGAAACUCUGUCAAGAUCCAUUAAUUACGAGUCAUUUUAGCGCACAUGUGUUUGUGACCAUAGGCCCAAAAUGGAGAUCAAUAUACACCUUGAUAGAUAUUCUUAAACAAUUGGAUCCUCGCCCUCGUGAAAUAAAGCUUCUGGAGGGAGAAGAAGUAUUAGAUUGUUUGAAAAGGUCGAUUUCUGAAAGUUUGAAGGGUUUGAGAUACUUGAUCGUUUUGGAUGAUGUAUGGAAUGAGGAGCUUGAAUUGGUGAACUCAUUUCCAGACGACAAAAAUGGAAGCCGAGUAUUGCUCACAACUAGGAUAGAAGAAGUAGGUAAAUGCUUGGAUUGCGGGUACAAUGUAAGAUUUUUAGAUAAGAAGGAAAGUUGGGAUCUUCUUCGUGAAAAGGUGUUUGGUGAAGAAGAGUCGUUUUCUUAUGCGCUUGAGAGAGCUCGAAAGAAGAUUGCCGAGAAUUGUGAAGGUCUGCCUCUUACAAUCGUCACAGUUGGCGAUAUCCUGUCCAAAUCUGAGAAGACUUUGGAGUACUGGAACGAGGUAGCUGAUGAGAAACAACAUUCAGUUUACAAGGAUGCAUAUGAUCAAAUGUCGAAUGUACUGUAUCCAAGCUAUGACUAUUUACCUCAACAUUUAAAAGCAUGCUUUCUUUACAUUGGAGCUUUCCCACAAUCUUAUAUGCUACACGUGCCCCGACUGAUGAACUUGUGGAGUGCUGAAGGAUUUCCCGACUCAGAACCAAUUCUUUCCUCAGACCCGCCCACGAUUUUCGCAAGUAAUACCUAUUAUUAUUAUAUAUGCGAGCUUCGUCGCAAAAGUGUUGUCAUGUUCGACAGAGAACAACGCGGUUAUCGCCUUCAUUCAUCAUUUUGGUACCUGUGUAACAAAGAAGCAGCCAAGAACAAGUUGUUCUAUGCCUUAAAUUGUCGUGCCGAUGCUCUACGAGAAGAAGGUACAAACUUACAGCCGCGCCGAUUGUGCAUCCGAAAUAAUGUUCUACUUGCCAUAGAAGAUGUGCACGACUCAAUUGCAUCUGCUUCAACGGUACGCUCUCUCCUAUGUACCGGUCCAUUUCAUCAAUAUUAUGUGCCGUUAUCCUUUUUGAAGCAUUUAAGGUUGCUCAGGGUAUUGCACGCUCUAAGUAUUAGAUUUUAUGAGUUCCCAAUGGAAGUGGUGAAACUAGUUCAACUAAGAUACCUUUCCCUCCUUUAUGAUGGAGACAUCCCUCCUUCGAUUUCCAAACUCUGGAACCUUGAGUACUUGAUUUUUGGUUGA